AUCUCAAGGUUGCAAUAGUUCCACUUGAAAACUGAUCAACGAGUACUCUCACAGUCCUUACGAUACCAGACAUUUCAUUGGCCCAAGCCACAGCCGCCAAUGUUACGAAAAAGAGACGCAAGGCUGGCAGCUCAUCACAAGAAAGAACCAUGACCACAAUCAUUCCUGAUCCUCACAUCACCUAGGCAUCCAUCACUCCAACAUAAUCAUGGCAAACAAAAGCAUCUCAUACGAAUACUCCAAGAUCACCCAACAAGGAAUCAUCAGACUAAUCCUCCUCCAACCAUCUCCAUCCCACGAGGCUCCGCUAGCCUGCUCCCUCAUCGACGUCUCACUCAAAGAUUGUGACAACGAUAUCCUCGAGCACUACGUCGCUCUCUCCUACGUCUGGGGAGACGCAACGCAGAAAGGCUCCAUAUCGAUCGAUGGCAAAUUCCUCGAGAUCACGGCUUCGCUUGAAUUGGGGCUGCGAUAUAUCAGGGAUAAAGCGAGAGUCUUGCGUAUUUGGGCAGAUGGCGUUUGUAUUGAUCAGAAUGAUGUCAAGGAUCGGAAUACGCAGGUUACGGUGAUGGCAUCCAUUUAUUCUGCGGCAAGACAUACGAUUAUUUUUCUUGGUCCCGGUAUCGCGAAGCAUGAGUCUUUGCUGGCGAGGAUGGUCGACUCGGAUUCUACUGAUGAAGUUGACUACGAUACCGAGUCCUUCAAAGAAGUGGCAGAUGAUGUAUUGGCCCACGCGUGGUUCGAGAGGGUCUGGGUACUGCAGGAAUUGGUGCUGUCUCCGGAUCCUUGGGUUCAACUUGGUCGAGUGCGUAUGAGGUGGGAUCAUUUCCUGCAAUACAUGUCUAAAGAAACCGAUGUCCGAUCCUCUCGCCAAGAACUUUUACAUGGCAUGGUUCAAAUCCGAAGUAACCACCAAGUUCAAAGGCACAAUACUGCAGGCACUGGAUGGUUUCAGCCAGCCACCAUGCUCGACAUCUUGGAGGCAAGAAGAGGCUUGGGUGUCACUGAUCCGAGGGAUAUGGUCUAUGCCCAUUUAGGCAUGGCAGAACCUUCUGUAAGAUCAGGGAUCGAUGUUGACUAUUCUAAGUCAAAAGCCAAAUUAUACGAGGAGAUAGCGACACAAGUCUGUGAUGUCUCCCGAGAUCUCUCCAUUCUUAGUUUUGUGGAGGAUGUCGACCUGGAGAAGCGACUCGAUCUAGCAUCAUGGGUCCCAGAUUGGUCGGUUACAUUACAGUCGAGUAGAGUUCCGAUCGAGAAGGCCUUCCGUGGAGGAACUCUAAAUUUGAUAAGUUUUAAUAUCCUUUAUGGACUUCAAGGUGUCCUUUCCUUUGAAGGGCAGUAUCACGGCACUGUUGUAGAGUUCUUACCUCGAGGAACUUUACUCUGCAGAGACCGCCACACUGUGCAUUACUAUGACGACUCUCUCAUGGAAAGGAUAUUCGAGUUAGAAUCUGUAGGGAUAGUCAGCGUCCUGCUCACGUAUUUUGCUCGUCUAGACAAGUCAUGGUUUAAAUCCCAAGGUCUUGUUCACUACUUACUAUUCGAAAGAUGCUUCAACCAACGUUCUUCAGACAGGUCAUGGCUUGGUGACAAGGAGGGAAGACGAGAAUCCUCAGACAAGCGGGUUCAACAUUCCCAAUUGAUGUCAGACAUGGUCCAAAAGCUCCCUCUGUCAACUAAAAACGCUCUUGAAGAGAAAUUCCCCGAUUCAAUACAGCUUGUAGAAAUUGUGUAUGCAUUCAUCAGCGACAUGUGUGGUCGACUUUCGGAUGAUGCAGAUAACCAGAUUGCAUUGGUACGAUGUGGAGAGGAUCUGAUAUAUUAUUGUGUUCCAAAACACGCCCGCGUCAACGAUAUUCUGGGCUGUCAUCCACUUCACAGAGAAAUAUUUCUAUUCCGUCCCCAUCUCCACGGAAAAGAUCCAACAGACUGCAACGAGUUCUUGCAGAAAGCACGGAAGAAACUCACUACUGGCGCUCGACCCCUCCUACCAGUGGAGGCUCAUUAA